AUCAGCCUUUAGGAUUGUGCUGAAUCUCACAGGCUGAUGUCACAUUCUGAUGUCAGUGCUGAGAGGCUGGAGUCACACACUCACUCGCUCGCUCGCUCACUCACUCAGUGAGUGCAGUUCUCUCCUCUUUACUCCCGUCUGUCCGAAAGUGGGAUAAUAAUAAUAAUAAUAAUAAUAAUACUAUUAAGCGAGUGCCAAGGAGGUGGCGGAGGAAGCUGACUUUGCCUCGGUUUCCUGGAUCUGUCAGUUGACAACACAAACCCAGGAGUGUGGCACCAGGACAGAGCUUUGCUUUACUUGGGAUCUCACUGCCUGAACUUGUAUCCAGUCUGUCCUGCUGCCUCAGGUUGGGGACCAUAGAGCGCCAGCCCAGGGGGGAGGCCAGUGGGUGGCGAUGGCGGGCUGGCCCUGGAGCUGGGCAUGUGUCAGUGUCCUGCCCUUGGUUGGAGCUGCCAUGGUACCUCAGGGGUGCGGGCCCGACGUGAACGCCCUCUACUUCAACCUGUGUGACCUGGGUGCCGUGUGGGGCAUCGUCCUGCAGGCGCUGAGCGGGGCCGGAGUGCUGAGCUGCUUCGUGUUGGCGCUGGUGUUGCUGGCCAGCGUCCCCUUCAUCCAGGAGGGCAAGAAGAAGAGCACGGUCGGAACUCAAUUGCUCUUCUUGUUCGGCACUCUCGGCCUCUUCUGUCUGGUCUUUGAUUUCGUGGUGAAGAUGAACUUUGCCACCUGCGCCUCCCGCAGGUUCCUCUUCGGCCUCCUCUUUGCCGUGUGCUUCUCCUGCCUGCUGACGCACGCGCUCAGACUCAACUUCCUGAGCAGGAAGAACUCGGGGCCCAAUGGUUGGCGUGUGAUGGGCUUGGCGUUGACCCUGAGCUUGGUGGAGGCCAUCAUCAACACCGAGUGGCUGGUCAUCACCAUCUUGAGGAACAACGCCACCUCCUCACCGGUGCUCGGAGAUCCCUGCGACAUCGCUAACAUGGACUUUGCCAUGGCUCUCAUCUACGUGAUGGUUCUCAUGGCCCUGACCCUAGUUCUGGGCUUCACCAGCCAGUGGGGGAGCUUCAAACACUGGAAGAAGCACGGCGUGUUCAUCCUCGUCACCAUCUGGCUCUCGGUCGCUAUCUGGGUGGCCUGGAUCACCAUGUACGUCUACGGGAACGAGGCCUUGGGGCGCGAGGGCUGGGACGACCCCACCCUCGGCAUCGCUCUCGUGGCCAACGCCUGGGUCUUUCUCUUCUUCUACAUUGUCCCCGAGAUCUGCCAGGUGACGAAGGCGGGGAUGGAGCAGACCUAUGUGGAGGAGGUGUAUCCCACCAGGGGUGUGGGCUACGAGACCAUUCUCAAGGAGCAACAAUCUCAGCACAUGUACAUAGAGAACAAAGCCUUUUCAAUGGAUGAGCCCAAUGCAGCUAACAAAAGCCAGUCACCUUACGGUGGUUACAGCAGCCAACUUCGCAGCAGCGUGUAUCAGCCCACAGAGAUGGCCCUGAUGAACAAAAAUAACCAGCUGGAGAAUCCCUAUGACCAUUACAUCCCGAGAGUCACCAUUAACCCGUCGGCGAUCUCCAGCAAUGCCUCCACACUCCGAGCAGAGGACGUGUUCGCAGCCGGGAGCCGGCAGCCCCAGCCCGAGGGCGGCCACGUAAGGAACUUCUGACACCCCAGAGCAUGACGGCAGCGAGACAACCCAGAGAUAGGCUGAUGGCCCCCCUUGUGGAUAAUCGCCAUAGCGACCAGAGCCCCCGGCCACUGGGCACAUCUCAAACUGAACAUCGGGAACCGUAACCUUGAGCCUUCGCUGAACCCCCUCCCAACCCCACAGCCCCCUCCUCUCGGAGAGUUGAGGGGAAAGGGAGGAUGGGGUGGACAAUCCUCGUGUCCAAAAUGGAAGCAAAAACAACCCACAAAGACCGAAAGCCGCUGACUUUGAUCAUCGCUGAGCACAAGACAGGACAGGACAAUGGCAACCGUAGAGGACCAUCGCCGUGAUCUGGAAUGCAGGAACAGGAAGAGGCGGUUCAGCCCACCGAGCCUGUUCGUCCGUGGCAGAUAUUGGACUGUGGCAGAUCGUUUAACCCCAUUUACCUAUCUUUUCUGCAUAACCCUUUUUAGAACAGUGGAAAUGUAUCUCAUUGACCUUGCUUCCCAAAGCAGUAUCUAUUGUUUGUGAGCUCACCUCAGUGAAUUUGAAAGGAUUUUUUUUUGUGUGUGUUUGGUAGAUUAAAAGUCACUCGGUGACCCUCAACACAUCCACCGAAGAUCCCUCAGAACUGCUUAAUGCGUCCUUGGACAUAUCUGUCUCCUUUCCACAUCUCAUGGGGCAGUUUGUCAGAGGCAGAUAUCCAUCUCACACAACAACACAUCAUAUUUACGCAGUGCCUUUCACGUCGGGAGGACGUCCCGAGGCGCUGGAUAGCGUCAGGAAUUUGGACCCGAGCUGGGCGUUGGGAAAAGGGCAGGGAGGGUAGGGGUAGGAGGGUGAGCCUAGGCCCAGUCAAAGUGGAGGGUCUUGAGAUGGGCCUUGAAGGAGGCAAGGGAGGGAGUGAGGUGAAGGGUCUCUGGGAUGGCGUUCCAACGGGUGGGGGCAGAAAGGCUGAAGGCUCGACCACCCGAUGGUGGGGUUGGUCAGGCGGGGGUGGCAUGGAGCAGGCCGGUGCCAUUGCUCUGAUAGGAACGGUUCAAGCCAGCUUUUUAAUGCGGUAAAAUUCCCGGGUGUUAGUUAGCACCAGGAAUAGGUACGCAACACCAGGGUCACACAGGAACCUCUGCAUUUCCUUCACCAACCAGUUGCUUGUUUCCCUUUGUGGGUGAAAACAGGCUCAAUCCAUUAGACGCCGAAGAAUGUGGAUAAAUGUCUAGAUUUCUGAUUA